AUGCUAUCCGUAGUAGCGAUCCCGAAAAUAUGUGUCACAGGUCCUGCAAGAAGAUGCUUUUUUCAUACUGCAAAAAAACUAUACGCAGAUGACUAUAAACCAGCAGCUAUGUCCUCCAAUGCACCUUCGCUAACAAAAGACCAAGCCAAAAAAAGAGAGUUGAAAAGAUUGGUACAACGAAAGGCCGAGGCAAAGAGACCAGCUACAGCAAGCCCAUUGUACAUGCCUGUUACAAAGGCACUAAGAUAUUUACGCGCAGCAGAAGUUGGCAGACCGCAAUCGCAACAGACAAUUAAUUUGACUACAUUGGUAGUCGGUGAAAGAGGUACAGCGCCUUUAUCCGGUAGCGUGACAUUUCCUAAGCCUUUGAGAUAUAUCAAAAUUGCUGCCUUUACCAACGACGAAAGUAAAUUGGAAGAGCUUCGUGAGAAAUACCCAAAUCAUUUGAUUGGCGGAGCAGAUCUUGUUGCCAAAAUUAAAAGCGGUGAAAUUAGCGUUGAUUUUGACAAAGCAUUUGCAACUCCUGAUAUUGUUCCAGCUUUACAAUCGCAGGUGGCCAGGAUACUUGGUCCUCGUGGGGUUUUACCCUCUGUCAAAAAAGGUACGGUGAGUGAUGAUAUAAGCUCCUUACUUCAAGAAAGUCUAGGAUCUAUGCCUUUCAGGCAAAGGGGAAACUCUAUCAGCAUUGGAGUCGGCAAAUGCUACUUCACUGAUCGAGAAAUUUUACAAAACAUUAUAUCCGCUAGAGCGGCAUUUAAAACUGCUGUUGAUAAUCAAAAAUCUAAGAAACCAAAUAUACUGAGUAAAACCACAUUAUCAAGCACACAUGGCCCCGGUAUUGUAAUCGAUUUUGCUUAA